AUGUCGUCUGAUGAAAUAUAUGAUAAUAAUGAAAAUAAUUUAAAUUUAUUUUCUAAAAUCUUGACUGUGAUUAUUCUGGUUUGUAUUUGUACAUUGGGAGUUAUUGGUAAUCUUGUUGUUCUUAUUGUUGCAUUUCGAAAACGAAAAUAUCGACAUGUUACCAAUUGUUAUAUUAUAAAUUUAGCUAUAACAGAUCUUUUAUUUUUACUUAUUUCUGUUCCAUUAACAGCUUAUUUGGGUCUAACAAACAAAUGGAUUUUAAAUGGUUUUGUUAGUUGUCGUGUUCAUAUAUAUCUCGCUCAUGUUCUUCUUCAAGCAACUUGUUAUACAUUAGCAGCAAUGAGUAUUGAUCGUUAUUUUUAUGUAGCUAGUUGUCUUAUAAAACCUCCUUGGCGAACGCCGUUAAAUGCAUGUAUUAUUUGUGUACUUAUUUGGGCUGUAUCAAUUGCUUUUGUCUUUCCAUACACAUCAUUAACAUCAAAUACUGAAGGUGAUAUAAACAAUUGUUCAGUAUCAGCUUAUCAUCCAUUUUUUGCAUCAUGUUUUUUUCCAUUUUGUGCAUAUUAUGUAUUACCAUUAAUAAUUAUUGCACUUUGUUAUACAAAAUUAUUUCUUUUUAUGCGAAAUAGUUCAAAAAAAAUGUUUCGACGUCGACUUAGUCUAUUAAAUCGUCCACAUAUUAUAGCAAGACGUCAAAGAAUAACACGAACAUUACUUUCAUUAACUUUUGCAUUUGCCAUAUGUUGGCUUCCAAUACAUACACUUGAAUUUCUUAAUUGUCGACAAUUAUUAGAUGAAUUUUAUUUUCGUCAUUCAACUUUACUGGAUAUAUUCAGAUUAAUAGCACAUGCUCUAUCAUAUUUUAAUUCAUGUCUCAAUCCAUUUUUAUAUGCACUUUUUAAUAAAGAUUUUUUUCGUUAA